AUGGAUCACUCCUCGUCUUCCUUCGCCAACCUACCACCUCAAGAUCUGGCAGGUGAAGCUGUCCAUUUGGUCUCAGUUUCGGACACUGUUCCACAACCCUACCACCACAACCAUAACCAUGUAUCAUCAACAACACCCAAGCCCGAUCCAGAUCCCACCCUCGCCGGCGAAGACGCGCAUUCUCUCCAGCCUCUCCAGUCGGCUGUGGGUGAUCUCACAGCGUAUACCCAUGAUCAUAGUAACGGUAUCAUGGGGGUACCUGAUGCCUAUCAUUCCUUGUUGUCCAACGAGCUCUCCCAUCUCCUCCCCCAACAUCCCUCCUCUAACUCAUCCCACUCAUCUAUCUUCUCAUCUAAAGAGAAUGGCUAUCUCCGGGACCAACCGUCCAUCCUAGACCCACCAGAUCUAGAACUAUGGCGGAACCGGCUCUUCAACGUAGACGAGACGCUCGUGCUAAGCGAAGCACAAUUUCGCACCUACUUCCCCCACGUCGACAACAUCUACUCCCACCGCUCCACCCAACAAUACAAACGCAAGCCCCUCAUCUCCCACUACUGGGACUGUCGUCUGAAAGGCCGUCCCCCGGGUACACCCAAAUCCAACGAUCCCAACAAGAAGAAGCGCAAGCGCACCGCCCGCGCCCGCGAUCUCUGCGACGUCAAGAUCAAAAUCACGGAGUUUCUCCCGGGAGCCGCCACCGUUGGUGCUCCGGACGCUGAUACCGCUGAUGCUGCUGCUGCGCUUUUGCGGAACUCCUCUUCCUCAUCCUCAUCCUUGGACGCGCAACAGCAGCAGUUUGGCGUGCUCGCGCCCAAUUCCCUUCCUGAGGGCCAUCCCGGGGCUCAAGGACAGCGGUUCUUUACGAUCCAAAGGGUCAAUGGGAAUGGGGCUAAUGGGAAGAAUGAUGGGGUGGGGGGUGGACACCGUCAUUCGUUGGAGGAGAGUGAUCGGGUGAAGAAGAGUAGUGUGCAGCGGUAUUUGUUGAGGGAGAUGAAGGGUCGGAGGAAGAACUUUUCGACCAAUACAAUGUCCCAGAAAAACUACCACACAAAAGCCACCGGCCAAGCAGCCGAAACCGUCACCAACCACACCACCGACCAAGACCUGAAGCUCUACGGCAGCUGUUUCUGCCCCUUCGUCCAGCGCGUCUGGAUCGCUCUCGAGGCCAAGGGCAUCCCCUAUCAGUAUAUCGAAGUCGACCCGUAUAAGAAACCCCCGUCGCUGCUGGAGGUCAAUCCCCGGGGUUUGGUGCCUGCUCUGCGACAUGGGGAUUGGGGUUCGUAUGAGAGUACGGUGUUGCUUGAAUAUCUGGAAGAUCUGAAUGUUGGCCCCUCGCUGCUCCCUGCUGGGGAUGCAAAGCGACGCGCUCAUUGCCGUCUGUGGACGGAUUUCGUCAAUCGCAAUAUCGUGCCCACUUUCUAUCGCGUUCUCCAGGAACAGAAUGAGGAGAAGCAGAUCGCCCACGCCCAAGAGCUGCGCGACGCCUUCACCACGCUAAUCGACGCGGCUGACCCGCACGGGCCGCUCUUCUUGGGCCCGGACCUCUCCUUCGUCGACGUCCAGGUGGCACCGUGGAUCAUCCGGCUCAGACGGGUCUUGAAGCCGUACCGCGGCUGGCCGGACCCGGAGCAGGGCAGUCGCUGGGCUGCCUGGGUCGACGCGCUCGAAUCCAAUGAGCAUGUCAAAGCGACCACCAGCGGGGAUGAGCUCUAUCUGGAUAGCUAUGAGCGAUACGCACAAAACCGUCCGAACACGUCCCAAGUUGCCAACGCAAUCAACUCGGGGAGAGGGCUUCCGUAA